GACGUGAUUUUGUGAAGCCCAGCUUCGCAAUAACAUUAAUUUUUCAUUCAAGCUCGUGCAAGAAUUCUCUUGCAUCGGUUUCUUGAGCUGUGCUGGAAGACGAGAGGCGCAGAUCGCAGCUGGUGUUUUCGUGGCAGGUGAUCUUUAGCUUCUAGUCACAGCCUGUGUAUCGACGUGAAGCCUGAGUUUGUUUGUAAAAAUACAAAAUCGUGAAAAGAUGCCGGGCUUUAUUGACCUCGUGCGGCGGACAGAUCCGUACGUGCUGUGGGUGCUGGCUAUGAUGUUGGCGGCGUAUCUGAUGAACCAGCUUGAUCGGUAUACGUACUCCAUAACAUCCAAGGACGUCUCGCGAGAGCUGAUGUUCGGGGACCAGGCCUGCUUCAGCAGCUCGCCGGACAGCAAUUUGACGACCAAGCAGUGCGGCAAUGCGCUGGACCAGCAGAAACACUCCAACCUGCCCAACAUCAGUGAGCAGGAUUUCUGCAACAAUCUGACCGUUGUGGAGAUCAACGGCACGUAUCCAUAUGACUAUACCACGGAGCCAUGUUUCUGGAAUUACAACGGCCAGGGUGUCAAGUAUCAGAUCAUCGCCGGCACGUACUUCAUUCUGAUCUACACGUUUGCGGGCAUACCGCUCGGCUUCCUGGCGGACUCCGUGAAUCGCAAGGUGAUGCUGUCGAUAGCGCUGUUCUUCUGGAGCGCCAUGACCAUACUGACAGGUCUCUCAAAGGAGUACUGGCAUCUGGUGGUGCUGCGUCUCGGCCUGGGUCUGGGCGAGGCAGGCUGUACGCCCAUGGCCGUCAGUAUCCUGUCGGACUACUUCCCGGCCGACCUGCGUGGCUCGGCGCUGGGCGUUUACAACUGGGGCAUCUACACCGGCUACAGCAUGUCCUACGCACUGGCCAACGGCAUCAAGACGACCCUGGGCUGGAGGUACGUCUUCUACAUCUCGGGCGCCAUUGGCUGUGCGCUGGCCCCGCUCAUCUUCUUCACCGUCAAGGAGCCGCAGCGCAACCAGAACCCGGCGAACGGCGAGCGUGCGCCCAUGCCCAAGGAGAGCACGAGCAAGAAGGCGAAGGACUUGCUGUUCCAGUUCCUGCGUCCGGCCGUCCUGCUGCUGUGCGUCGCCGGUGGCAUUCGCAACGCCGGCGGCUACGUGUGGGCGCUGAACACGGAGAACUUCUUUGAGUCGCGUGGACAGACGGCGCAGGACGUCAACAAGUUCAUGUCCUGGAUCCCCCUGGUCGGCGGCUCGCUGGGCGCCUUAUUUGGCGGGUUCAUCAGCGACCGGCUGGUGGUGAAGCGCGGUCUCAGCGCCCGUAUUUGGGUGCUGGUCAUCAGCCAGGUGGCGGCGGCACCGUUUGCAGCCGGCGCGCUCUACUUCGAGGCACCGUACUCAUACCUGUGCCUCAUACCCAGUAACGUCAUCGGCGAGAUGUGGGUCGGCGUCACCAUCGCCAUUCUGGUCGAGCUGGUGCCGUCGCGUCUGCGCACCAGCUCCGUGGCCGUCUACCUCUUCAUCAUCUCAAACAUCGGCGGCAACGCCAACCUCAUCGUGCCCUACCUGAAGACCUACUUCCAGAACCUGCUCAGCCUGCCAAAGUCGUCGUACAUCCCGCUUCGCAACGCCCUACUGCUCAUGUUCCCCGGUAUGUACCUGCUCAGCAGUGUUCUCUUUCUGGCCGAGUUCUUCGUCCUGCGGCUGGACAAGCAGCGUAAAGAAGAGGAGCGCAAGGCGGAGGAGAACCCGCACGACGAGACCAGCCCGCUCCUCUCCGGCGACAAAGUCACCCACACGAGCCUGGACGGAGACGACGAAGCAGGCUUGGUUCAGAACCAGUCGUAACGUGAGUGUGCACAGACAGAUCUUGCAUGGAAGAUGGGAACAUCAGCAAAUCUCCCUGCUGCACCCUGGUAGCAUCCCUCCUCAAACAUGUACACACUUCAUGGCUAUAUCAAUUAUUUAGAAAUCUUUUUUUAUUAGCUUUUUAAUCCAGCUGUGCAGGAACAUGCAGUGUACGGUACGAACUGGUCCCAGUUGUUUCCGUUGCAUGCGUACAAAUAUGCACACGUCUAAAAAAUAUGGUAGGAGCUUUCUGUGUAAGUACUCGUUUUUGCGAAGGUGUAGCUAGCCAUGUCAUGGCAUGCAUGCCGUGCGCACGGGCAGUAGUAGUAGUGGUACGUUACCCGACCGCCGACACCAGUCCUGUGUUUCGCACGCUGCCUGCGUCCAGGUGUUUGUGUUUGCGUUGCUGCGCUGCGGUCUUCCCUCGACGUCUACGCUCUCUUUGAUCAAUUUGAGCAGGUCGUGCUCUGAUGUUGAAGCACUGAGUACUUUUCUAUUGUUUUAUUUCUCUUUGCAACAAGAGGUGUUUUUUUACUGUUGUUGUUGAUGAUCAUUAUUCUACUGUUCGUUGACAUGAUAGCUCGUACGAUGGAGUUCUUUGCUUUCUAGUUUCUAUUUUUGUCAUGCUGCAACCGCAGUGGUCUGAAAUGUGUUUGGUACUGUGCGUCAUGCGGCACCCCCUUCGCCACUGCAUACGCACCUUUUUUUUGUUUUGUUUUACUUUAUCAAGUCCUUCUCUGCACGGAACUUCAAAACGAUUUUUGAGAGAAUUUUCAACUUCUGACCGAGGAUAAAUCACUAUGUAAAGUUACGUUUUGUUUUUCUAUUCUUUUGUACUUUCGAAAUGUGAUUGUUGUUGUACAUCUGAUCACUGGUUGGAAUUAUUUUACUUUAGAAUACUACAGAGAGAUCGAAAUCUGAUAUUGAUAUUAUUAUGACUUUGAA